AUGUUAAUACGGACUUGUUUGAUAAUUUGUUUCGCCGUUGUCGGCUCCUCCGUAGCAGAAAAGUUCCGUCUGUAUCGAGUUGUUCCACACGAUGAACAUGCUUUCCAAUCUUUAUCAAAGCUUCAACUUAUGGAUCACAAAUAUAAGAUCGAUUUCUGGAAAGAAUCUCGAAGUAUCGAUGAUUACAGCGAUAUUAUGAUAUCUGACAAACACCGCUCCAUCAUUGAAGACUUUUUCAAUAAAUACAACAAUUCUUAUGAAAUAACUGUACCCGACGUUCAGAAGCUGAUACAAAGAAACGAAGGCUCUCGAAUUCAUUUGCUGAGUGGACACAGACAGCAUGAUGAUCCUAUUCUAGAUAGUGAACCUGAUCUUGAUCAAUCACGCGUCGGCCAACUGAAGAGAGCUAAAUAUCCUUUUGGAGACUAUGCCUCGUAUGCGGAUAUGAUGAAGUUCAUGAGAACAAUAGAAUUCUAUUAUCCAAACAUAACUCAAAUAAUUCGAAUCGGAACAACGCAUGAAGGGAAGCCAAUCGAAGGACUCAAAAUUGGAAAUAAAGUCAAUGGCAAAACAAAUAGACGAGCCAUCUGGAUUGAUGGAAAUAUACAUGCAAGAGAAUGGGCCAGCAGUCACACAGCUUUAUUCAUAAUGAAUCAACUCGUUUCUGGAUACGGGAAAGAUGAACAAGCUACUCAUUAUAUUGAUAACAUGGACUUUUAUAUUGUUCCAUGCCUCAAUCCAGAUGGUUAUGAAUACACCCGUUCUUCACCUAUUCCUAGUAUUCGUUUAUGGCGUAAGAAUCGCUCACCCCAGAAGUGCCGUAAAAGCCCAUGGGGAGGAGAAAAGUGUUGCCAGGGUGUUGACUUGAAUAGGAAUUUCCGAUUUCAUUGGUCAGAGUCGGGCUCUUCCACAGAACCAUGUUCGAACAUUUACCAUGGAGAAGAUGUUUUCAGUGAACCUGAAGCGAGAGCAGUUGAAGACUUUCUUUCCUCUCCCUCUAUGUAUGGAAGAGUGGAUGCUUUCAUCACUCUUCACUCAUAUGCUCAGUUCUGGAUUUAUCCUUAUUCACAUGCUGAACAAACGUAUCCAGAUGAUAUAACCGAUUUGAGAAGAACCGCUCGUCGAGCAAUCAACCGUCUUCAACAUGCUUAUGGGACAGCUUAUCGAAUGGGAACAGGAGCAGACCUUCUAGCUCCUGCUUCCGGCGGUUCAGAUGACUGGGCGAAAUCGGAAAUGGGAAUAAAAUAUGUUUAUUUGAUUGAAUUACGUCCUGAAAUGGAAUUAUCCAAUGGCUUCAUCCUUCACAAAAAAGAAUUGAUUCCGACUGCAGUAGAAACAUUUGAGGGCGUGAAGGAGGUCUUCGAUACUGUGCUUGAUAUGAAUAACAUUAGACAUGAUCCACUUGAACGCAUCACACCAAAUUUACGACGAAAACAAUUCUAUCGCAUGAUGGCCAUUCAGCGUGCACAGGCUGAGCUCGAGAAGAAGCCGCAUGAAGAAGUCGAACGUCAACGUAAAGACGUUGAUGUUGUUUUACUACCAACAACAACAAUAACAACCCCAGUAACAGAACUACCACGUCUUGGAACAACGAAAUGGAUAAGUAAACAUUUCCAACGUUUUGCUAUGAAGACAGCUGAAAUAUCAUCUGUAGACGAUACUCCUAUCAAUGAAAUACAUACAACACCCACUACAACAGUGACAACUACUCAGCCAACAACAACAACGACAACAUCAACGACUGUAACAACAACAGCCAUAUCAUCUUCCGAUGAUGCUGCUACAUCGUCAUCUACACGUGUUACCUCUCAACGCUUCUACACAAAUACUAAACCUGUAUCUUUCCGUGAUCCCAGUUGUCGAGAUAUGCGCUAUUCUUGCGGUUUCUGGCUCAAGAGUAAUACAGCUGUUUGCGAAGAACAAUUUGCUUUCAUGAAAGCUCAAUGUGCUUACACGUGUAACUUUUGUAAAGCUCGGCCUGAGUUAUUAGUGAGCUAA